ACGCCGGGAUGGGGAGUGAGCGGCAAGGCUCCAGAGGCGCGACUGCGAACCGCGGCGCCCCCGCUCGCUCGCUCGCUAGCUCUUCCUCCUCCUCGUCGCCACCGCGACUCCGCUAAGCUCUCGGAACGCGCUCGGGCGGCGCACAGAGCACCCGGGCGGGAGCGAGAGCCGCGAGGCCGGGGCGACGGGAGCGCGGCGGGCGGCCAGGCGGCGGCGGCGGCCGGGGAGCGGGCAGCGCUCGAAAGGAGUGAAUGGAAUGUGCAGCUCGGGGUGUCAUUUCUGAAGGGCGGAGUCGUUUUCUUGGAGAGGAGUCCUCAAUGAGCCUGGCCGAGGCCCAGGAUCUGUGUGAAGUGGACUAAGGAUUUAGUAGGAUGUCAACUGAGACAGAACUUCAAGUAGCUGUGAAAACCAGCGCCAAGAAAGAUUCCAGAAAGAAAGGUCAGGAUCGCAGUGAAGCCACUUUGAUAAAGAGGUUUAAAGGUGAAGGGGUCCGGUACAAGGCCAAACUGAUCGGGAUUGAUGAGGUUUCCGCAGCUCGGGGAGACAAGUUAUGCCAAGACUCCAUGAUGAAACUCAAGGGCGUUGUUGCUGGCGCUCGUUCCAAAGGAGAACACAAACAGAAAAUCUUUUUAACCAUCUCCUUUGGAGGAAUCAAAAUCUUUGAUGAGAAGACAGGGGCCCUUCAGCAGCAUCAUGCUGUUCACGAAAUUUCCUACAUCGCCAAGGACAUCACAGAUCACCGGGCCUUCGGAUACGUUUGUGGGAAGGAAGGGAAUCACAGAUUCGUGGCCAUAAAAACAGCCCAGGCGGCUGAACCCGUUAUUCUGGACUUGAGAGAUCUCUUUCAACUUAUUUAUGAAUUGAAGCAAAGAGAAGAAUUGGAAAAAAAGGCACAAAAGGACAAGCAAUGCGAACAAGCUGUGUAUCAGACAAUUCUGGAAGAGGAUGUUGAAGAUCCUGUAUACCAGUACAUUGUGUUUGAGGCUGGACACGAGCCAAUCCGUGAUCCCGAAAUGGAAGAAAACAUUUAUCAGGUUCCCACCAGCCAAAAGAAGGAAGGUGUUUAUGAUGUGCCAAAAAGUCAACCUGUAAGUGCUGUGACCCAGUUAGAACUUUUUGGGGACAUGUCCACCCCUCCUGAUAUAACCUCUCCCCCCACUCCUGCAACUCCAGGUGAUGCCUUUAUCCCGUCUUCAUCUCAGACACUUCCGGCGAGUGCAGACAUGUUUGGUUCUGUACCUUUCGGCACUGCUGCUGUACCCUCAGGUUAUGUUGCAAUGGGCGCCGUCCUCCCAUCCUUCUGGGGCCAGCAGCCCCUUGUCCAACAGCAGAUCGCCAUGGGUGCUCAGCCAGCAGUCGCUCAGGUGAUGCCAGGGGCUCAGCCCAUCGCAUGGGGCCAGCCGGGUCUCUUCCCUGCCACUCAGCAGCCCUGGCCCACCGUGGCCGGGCAGUUUCCGCCAGCCGCCUUCAUGCCCACACAAACUGUUAUGCCUUUGCCAGCUGCCAUGUUCCAAGGUCCCCUCACCCCCCUUGCAACCGUCCCAGCCACGGGUGACUCCGCCAGGUCAAGUCCACAGACCGACAAGCCCAGGCAGAAAAUGGGGAAAGAAAUGUUUAAGGAUUUCCAGAUGGCCCAGCCUCCACCCGUGCCCUCCCGCAAACCUGACCAGCCCUCCCUCACCUGCACCUCAGAGGCCUUCUCCAGUUACUUCAACAAAGUCGGGGUGGCACAGGAUACAGACGACUGUGAUGACUUUGACAUCUCCCAGUUGAAUUUGACUCCUGUGACUUCUACUACACCAUCGACCAACUCACCUCCAACCCCAGCCCCUAGACAGAGCUCUCCAUCCAAAUCAUCUGCAUCCCACGCCAGUGAUCCGACCACCGAUGACAUCUUUGAAGAGGGCUUUGAAAGUCCCAGCAAAAGUGAAGAGCAAGAAGCUCCUGAUGGGUCACAGGCCUCAUCCAACAGUGAUCCCUUUGGUGAGCCCAGUGGUGAUAAUAUAAGUCCACAGGCCGGUAGCUAGAUAGCACAGGUCUGGGAGCUGGAGCCUCUUUAUGCGCAGAUCGACAAGUCUAAGAAAUAGCAUCAAUGCGGGCUUGUGGCGGGUGCUUCAAGACUGGCAUGGAAAUCAGCAUCGCGACAGGCUCUCUUGUAUUCUUUCACCUCACCUCAUCCCACGAAGAAAUUCACGAUUGCCCAAUGGAACUCGUUUGGAAGAGGGAACUAAGAGUUUUUGGCAACCACUGGCAGAUAUCUAUGGCAGCACAAAAACAAACACACAAAAACAUAAAACAUCAUACCCAACAUUAAAUCACAGAUCAAGCAAAUGCUUACUUGACAGAGAGUCUAAGCUCUCUUAACACGUGGGUUUAAGAUGACCCAGUAUGUGAAACCAUAGUUCUCUUUUCAUUUCUCUACCGGUUGGCCACUGUAAAGACAUCAAAUUUGGAGUGACAGGCCUCAGAGAGUUACAUCAGGGUUGGCACUGACGUCAUUUAGGCAAAAGUAAGAGGUCUCUGUCACCACAAUAUCAUCAUCUGUAUGCCUUUCCAAAUAGGAUGAUGUAUUUACAUCACUCCACAAGGCCUGGUCUGCCAUUUUUUCCCCUUUCCUUUCUUUGUCAUGUUUGAAAAUUAAUGGGUGUACAAACUUUUGUAUUGCUUUUGACUUUUUUUAGAUAUUGGUGAAGAAAUCGAACUGGGAAAAAAAAACCACCUCACAUGAAAUGAAUUCACUUGAAAUCACAAGACAGAUGAGUGGUUGAUGAUUCUUUUUGAUCAAGAAUGUUGCCAAAACAACCCUUUAGCUCUUCUGCAUCCUGGUGAAGAAAGACAGCUUUCGGUUUAACGUUCACUCUGUGAGUAGGAAAGGACAUCGAAUCCCAUUGAUGAGAAAGAUGAAAAAGGCAUCUGAUUUCCUCAGAAGCUCUAAACUCUAAGUUCAAUAAAAUGAGAUUUUUUAUUUUUCCGAUAUCUUGCUGCUGUGAUGCUAUGCAGACAGUGUCUUCUCCACGUGCCAUUUUCAAAGAAAAGUCAUUUGCCAAAUAAUUAUGGUACAAUCCUGGUAAUGUGGUUUGAGAUCUUAAAAAAUGACUUUCUAAUGGAACAAUAGUGACAUGAAUAUUCAGAGUAACAAACUGAUUCCGUGGUCACAAUGGUUCAUCUCUAUCUCUUUUUUCUACAUCAGAAAAUUCAAAUGGGAUUUUUAUUUUAUAACUUGAAACAAAAAAAGCUUACCAUGAAACUCUUUAAAUAUUUAAGGGAAAUGGCUUUAAGGAGUUCUAAUGAAAAAAAAUUGCCAGUUUUUUUUUGUAAAUAUAGAUGUUAAUGAAAAUGCUUUUUAAUAAUGCCAUUACACUGUAGAGAAGGUAGCAGAUUGAGUGAAAGAUGUGACAAACUUGAUGGAUGGGGCUCACUUUCCAGAGGUUACUCUGGAGCGUAUGGUAGGAAGCUGGAGUUCAGGGGCAGCAGGCAGGAGCAGUCGUCCAAUCAGCAGCUAGUGAUGAGGAAAGGAGCACGUGACUCCAUCAGCUAAUAAUCUAAGCCUUUCCGCGAGAGUACCGGCCCUCUGCAUAAAACAAGAAAGAGACAGUUCACGCUCUGAAGGCCUGUGAACUGAAACUCCAGUUUCAGAUUCUGAAACUCCCUCCCACUUCUCCACUCCCAGCGACCCCCGUAGACAUCAUUGGACUGUUUGUACGUGAAACAGAAGAGUUUAAGCUUCCUUUUUUUACAUUUAUGAGACAAAAAGUGCAGUGUUCGGUUCGUAUGUUUAGCACAUGAUUUUCAUAAAGAAUCUAUAUAUUUUUUGCCCUACAGAGAAUUGUUCUACAGGUCAAAUGUGUUUUCCUGAUGUUCCUAUGCAGUUACAGUAUGUUGAAUUUAGUGGUUUAACACUAAGAAGAAAACUUUAAAAAAUCAUGUGAUGAAUUGGAUUGGGGGUGGGGGUGAUUAUUCUCACUUGGUUUUAAAAUUUGAAAAGUAGGAUUUACCUUGAUAUGAAUGACUUCAAUUGGCCUGUGUACUUUGAUUCUUCAUAUCAAUAGAAACUAAAAUGGUUUGGAAGAAGGUAUACUUGGUGACCAAGAAAAAAAGUGAUAAGUCAAGGUGAUUGUUAACUGUUUGAAGCCCAAGUUUUACACUAUCAGGUCACUGGAAUCUGAAUGUUUUCCAGUUAACUGGAAAAAUGUCCAUUACAGAAUAGAUGUAAGCGUCACCCUAAUGUGCAAAGUCUAAAGAACCCGAAACGUGAAAAGGGCCAUUUACCUUCCUCUGUAGCUGUCACAUGUUGGUCGACAUGAUUUCUUCAGGAAUGUGCAUACCUUUGAUGAGUUGAUCCUUCCACAUGAAGGGGAAAAUGGGAAAGGUGUGAUAACCAUGAGAGCUGUCCUGAGACCAGUUCGACUGUGUUUUCUGAGGAUUUGAUGAGAUAGGCAGUUCCCAUGGGGAAAUGACUUAAAUCGCUCUGUUGUCCAUGAUUCUGAUUCUAAACCAGUGGUGCUAUCUUCUCCCUCAAUAUGGCUGUCUUGAGUUUGUCUUGCAGUAUCACACCCUUCCACUGAUUGCAUGGGUUGCUUCUGACACAUUCAAAGUGAACUCUGGCUGAUGUUGCUAUUUCAGGUACGCCGUAUGGAGCUCAUUUCAUAGAAGAAAGUGACAGCCCAGUGGACUUGUCAUCAUUCACUGAAUGUGCUUGAAAAUGUAACUGGCUCUGAACUUAAAGAAGAUGGCCCCUGUGAUGCGUUAAAGUGAGCGGAAUAAAGUCAAGAUUUUAAACUGCCAUCCAUGUUAGCAUUGGCAGAAUUCUGCUGUUUAAUAAGCACUGUUUGGGGAACUCAGAACCACCGUAUCCUAUCCCAGGAAUACAGUGAAAUUUCCACAUAAGAGCUGAGGUGCCAAUACCAAAAGGCCAUGGGGGAGUCUGCACAGUUCCAGUCAGAUUGGUAGAAAAUCCACAUGUACAACUGUUAAUUCCUCAUUCUUCACUAGCACGAAAUUUGUCACUUUAAAUUUUGAAACCAGGGAAACACCACCUGUCAUUCUGUCCCCAUUCCCCAUAGCUCUCCGACCUUUACAUGCCGCAAGACUUUUUUGAUAAUUCGUACUCAUCCCAGUGUCUACUGAAACCCCAUCACGUAAUGUACCGGGCACCUUCUUAAAAAAAAAAAAAAAAUGUUUACUCUGUGGGUUUGGUUCAUUUCAAUUUCUGCGUUCUGACACAUAUUUUUUUAAUAAAGAUGAGAAAGAGAAAAUGACUGUUGCAGUACAUUUCUAGACCUACUUUAACUUUACCUCAGAUGACAGUUUGUUAACAUAUAUGGACACAUUAUUUUUAACUUUAUGUACAAUGCAUUCAACAGAACAGCAAAAUUUUUAGAAAUUUUCCAUUAAUUUCUGUAACACUCCAUGUAAAACUGUUACAAAUAAACAUGUUUGAGAACAACA